AUGAAACCCAACUUUACGGUUGAAUAUUGCCCAUUAGAGGCUUUGGUGUCUAGAGCAAAAAAGGAGGUUUGGUGUCUAAUGCUAAUAUGCACACGAAAAGUUGGGGUUUCAAACUUGAAAGGAAGCUUUUUGUGGAUGUACCAUUUGCCCCUUUCGAUCUUGGGAAGAAGUGAAAUAAUGCGUGGGGUGUAUGUAGGCUCAAUUGCUCUUAAUAUCUUCUUUGUAACCAAUUAUCUUUUUGUUGGUUAUGAGAGUAAGCAGUUGAGUUGGAGCCAAAGGGCUGCUGCAGAAGCUGAAGCAGUGGCCUCAGUCUCAUGCUCUGGCCAUGGAAGAGCAUAUUUGGAUGGCUUAAUUGUUAAAGGGAAACCAGUUUGUGAAUGCAACACUUGUUAUGAAGGCCCUGACUGCUCUCAAUUCUUGCCGGACUGCGCUGCUAACGCAGACGGUGGGGAUCCAUUAUUUUUGGAGCCCUUCUGGAUGCAACAUGCAGAGAGCAGUGCAGUCCUAGUUGCAGGAUGGUACAGAAUGAGCUAUGUAUUUGCAGAUCAAACUUCAAUAUCACAAGUGCUUCAAAACCACAUUCUCAAAGUCCAUUCCAUUGCCAGAAAUGCAAUUACGAAAGGAAAAUACAUUGUUUUUGGUGUUGGUUCCACUCAACUCCUUUCAGCAGCAGUUUUUGCUCUUUCCCUCAAUUUGUCGUCACCUGCAAGAGUCGUUGCAGCAUCGCCUUAUUAUCCGGUAUAUAAAACGCAAACGGACUUCUUCGAAACUGUUCACUUUGAGUUUCAAGGAGAUGCAUUGGCGAUGAAAAAUAGUUCAGAUUCUGCUGGAAAUGUGAUUGAAUUUGUAACUUCGCCAAAUAAUCCAGAUGGCCAUUUAAGAAAGGCAGUUCUACCAUUUGCGAAUGCCAUUUAUGAUCGUGCCUAUUACUGGCCGCAUUUUACAGCAAUUCCUGCACCAGCAGAUGAAGAUAUCAUGAUUUUCACAAUUUCCAAGCUCACCGGCCAUGCCGGAAGUAGAUUCGGAUGGGCUUUAGUGAAGGAUAAGGAAGUUUACCUUAACAUGCUCGAGUACUUGCAACUGGCAGAAAUGGGCGUCUCAAGGGAUACUCAGUUGAGAGCUCUCCAACUUCUCAAAGUAGUUCUUGAAGGCGAUGGCAGGGAAAUAUUUCACUUUGCAUAUGAAAAAAUGAGAGACCGGUGGGAAAAUAUUUUCCAGACUGUAUCAUUGUCCAAGCGUUUUACUAUCCAAGAAAUUUCACCUCAAUACUGCAACUUCUUUGAGAAAAUCAGGGAUCCAUCUCCAGCAUAUGUCUGGUUGAAAUGUGAGAGGAAAGAAGACACAAAUUGCAAUGCUGUCCUAGGUGCAGCAAACAUCAAAGGUCGUUCAGGUAACUUGUUCAAUUCUGAAGAUCGCUAUGUACGUCUCAGCCUUCUUAAGAGUGACGAUGACUUCAACUUGCUGCUAUAUCGUUUGAAAGAACUGGUUAACAAGGAAGAUGGCACAGAAACAACGUGA